UGAAAAUUCAAAAGAGAAAAACCCUCCGAAUCUAAAACUUAAAGUUAUCAAAUUUGCAAAACACCCGACCCGCUAAACUCUGUCACUUCCUCUCACUUUGCCCUAACCCGAUCUGCAUUCUCAUCAAAGGUGGAAUAUUUUUAACGUUUCUGGAAACCGAAGUGGAGCUUCCUCUUCCUUUGGAUUAAUCGCAGUUGAAGGGGCAAAAUUCUUUUGAUGAAGGGAAUGGAAGGGAAAUUGAGAUUGAAAGAAUUAACUUACAUGAUGCAAUUGGGGAGAAACUAAAGGUGGCUGCAGAGAAGGAGCUUCUCCUUGUUGGACUACAGAUAUAUACGGACUUUGCAGAAGCCAAGAUUCCAGCAUUCAUAGAUUACCUGGGAACUGUUGUUGAGAUGUACAAAGGCCUUAGCGGAAUUGCUGUUUGUGGCACUCCAAAAUAAAGUUCUACACAAAGUAGCUAAGAUAUGAUUGUGGGAUGUUCGCAAUCAAGUACAUGCAACAUUGGAACGGGGCCACACUAGCACAUUCAAUCGUGGAGGACAAGAUGCAUCUAUAUCGAUUGAGGUUGGUCGUGAACUUGCUGACCAACUAGGCAAACAAUGCUAGAGAGAAGGUCAUCAAGGCAUGUCCAAUGUGACGUAUGAGGGUUGUGCCACUUUUGUUAGUUGCAAGUUAUGAAAUACUGAAGGUUGCCUAUAAAAGACAAUGUCAAAGAGAAGCGAAAGACAACGUGUCUGUAUAUAAUCAUGGUUUGCUUUAUUUGUUUGUUAAUAGUGUCUGCCACAGUGCACCAUUUUAUGGUAAUAAAAUCAUGCACACUGGGACAACAGUGGAAACAUUUGUCAUGGAGAAUCUGGUGGGAUUUGUUGAACUUCUAACCAUUCCUUUGUCUUUUAUGCCAUGAUACUCCAUUAACUUUAUUGUUCAUGCUUAUUGUCUUCUGUUUUACAGGAAAGGCUGGGUAGAGCCACAAAUUGGCCUAUGUUAAGUACAACAGCAAGUCUAGGUGUGAUUAAUAGAGGCCACCUGCAACAGGGAAGGUCACUGAUGGCACCUUACUUGCCUCAGAGUGGGGCUGGUGGUGGCGGCAGUCGAUAAUCAGAAGGUGGAGCCCUCUAUGCUAUUGGUCUGGUUCAUGCCAACGAUGCUGAGGGCCUCAAGCAAUUCCUUCGUGAUAGCUUGUGCAUUAGCAAUUUGAGGUGUUUACUGUUAUGGUUAUGGUUAUGGUCCAGAGCAGUGUAAGUAGUGCUUCCUGUGGUGGAACUUUCAGGCGACAAUUGGAAAGCAUAAUUCUUCACAACCAUGAAGACACCAUGAGCAAGACGGGAGCAAUUUUACACUGCGGAAUCGUGGCUGCUGGAGAAAGGGAUGUGAUCAUAAGACAUUCUCAUCAUCACUUAGACUUUAUAAUAUAACUGUUCAUAUUUUGAUUUUUGUUUGUAAAUUUAGGCAUGCCCAAUACCAGAGCUCUCUAAAAACUAUAUAGAUACAUCAUAAAUGGUUUUUUUGGUUGACCAUUUUUACUUUGGGCACCCAUUGCAUACUUCCGAUAUAUUUGGGUUGUGCCCCCUCUUCUGUUAGGUGCUUUUAGAUUAAUUUAUCAGUGUCUACAAAAAAUACAUUGGUAUAUGAAAUUUUGGUUGAGCUAAAGAGGUUACUCCAUGACCUCUUUGCAGGUGCAUAGUUCUAUGAGAUCCAUGCAAUAUGAGAAACUAUUGCCUAGGUUGAAGAACUUGCUUUCUAUUCUGCAUACUAUUUGGCCAAGUACGAUGCGUUUGAAAUUGGCUUUAUAACUACGGACGACUUCACAGAUGCAGACAUAUUGGGAGCAACUUACCCAGCUGUUGCAAAGAGGUUAUAUAAUGAUUGGGUUAAUGGUCCUGCAAUUCCCAUUGUUACUGGUUUGCUUGGAAAGGGUUGGAAAUCUGGUGCAGUUACUACCUUGAGUAGGGGUGGGAGUGAUUUGACAGCCACAUCCAUUGGUAGAGCCUUAGGCUUGCAAGAGAUUCAGUUGAGGAUUUUGAUCUUGGUUUAAGACGUUUCAUCAAGCUUCUAAUGUGAAUGUACCUCUGCUCGUUGACCUGUAGGAUAUGUAAAGCAGAAAGAACUCUGAUGCGUAAGUCAGUAAUAAUUCAAGGCAAAAGGAAAGUUCUGAUGGAAUAAGGAGUAUAUAUUUUGAAUACUAUUGGUUGGUGCAUGUCUUGCAGACAUGUCUUUUGCUUAAUUUCUAGUAAGUUUGGUUGUCCUCAGUAUAACAAUCUCCAAGGCAUGAAAAUUAGUUGAUAUUAUCUAAAAUCUAUAAAAUAUUAGGAUAUAGAUAUUCAGGGGAAAUUGAUAUCAUCUGAUAUUAUCAAAUAGAGAAUUUAACUGUUACUAACUGGAGUGGUGCUACAUGUGAAGUAGAGGAAUAUUGUUUCAAUGAUCAUGUUUGAAUGAGAUGGAGCAUGCCAUUAUCUAAGGAUAUGAUGAUUUGGAGGACAUAAAGUUAACUUUUUUUCCCUGCUAUAAAUUUUCAUUUUUGAACUCUGCCACUAGCUGGUUAAUUAUCAUUGGAAGUCAUCAUUACUUGUUCUAUUGAUGACCUUUGUUGGGCUGCCCAGAGUAUUGUGUUGAAAUGGAAAAUUUUUUAUGUAAGAAGUUGUGGAAGAGGUGGAGUAGCUCUUUCAUUUUCUUGCUGCAACUAAUAUGAGCUUCAAAGACCAACUACCUUUUUAUAUAUGGUGUUCUUACAUGUUAAUAGCCCACUCUUCAAUCAUAUAGUGUUCUGAUUUACUUCCCUUUAAUGUAUUCUACAAUUUUUAUAUGGCUUAUUUGGCAGCUUUGUUACUAAGCACAGAGAGAUGACUCUCUAUCCAUUCUUCAUAUUCUAUAGACUUCUUGUAAACCUGCCUAAACAAUAUGGUUAUGCUUACGCAUACAGGAAAUGGUGAUCGGUCUAUUCCAGAAGGAGAUAGCUUGAAAGGAAACAACCCUUCUGAGGGCAACAAAUGCAAUGACACUGCCUCCCAGAAGUCCUGUCAAAUAAUUGUGGACUGGAGAGAGUUCAGAGCAGCUCUCUUUGCUCGGGAACAGGCAGAAAAGGCAGAUCCUGAGGCUCACAGCCAAGGUGGAACACCCCAAGAGCCUAAACCUCUAGGCCUGAAAUGGGCCCAUCCUUUUCCAGUACCCGAGACUGGCUGUGUCAUUGUAGCCACAGAGAAGCUUGAUGGGGUACGCUCCUUUGAAAGAACCGUUGUUCUCCUUCUCAGAUCUGGAACCAGACACCCACAGCAGGGGCCAUUUGGAGUUGUCAUUAACCGACCUCUUCACAAAAAGAUCAAUUACAUGAAGCCCACUAAUCUGGAGUUGGCAACCACUUUUGCUGAUUGUUCCUUGCAUUUUGGUGGUCCUGUAGAGGCAAGCAUGUUUUUACUAAAAACAGGGGAAAACCCAAAACUUCCUGGUUUUAAAAUAAUACUUAUAAUUAAGAAUCUCUUUGUCACAUCUGAAUUGAGUCAUGAAUAUGUCAGAUUUCUCAGUUCCAAUGAAGUCUAGGCACCAUCAGAGAAGAACCCUUCGUGUAAAACCUUAAUGGGAAGCUAUAAAUGUAAUGAGAAGGCCUGAAUGUUAUUUGA